CGCGGUAAAUUCUGUGAGAGAGGAGUAGAACAUCCACAGCUUGUUGAAGGUGGGUGUGACAGGCAGCAUCUUUAAAACAGAAAAACUCCCCAGGAAUUAGUCUGUCGUCCGUAGACUGACCUGCAGCACACUCUAAAGAUGGCAGCCUCUGAAGAUAUCCAGGUCAAGGAGCUUGACAAGCGGGCCUCGGGCCAGGCCUUUGAGGUCAUCCUGGGUGCUCCUGCUCCAGAUGCCAAGGGCGAGUUCCCCCUGUCUCCUCCCAAGAAGAAGGAUGUCUCACUGGAAGAGAUUCAGAGGAAGCUGGAUGCUGCAGAGGAGAGACGCAAGAACCAUGAAGCCGAGGUUCUGAAGCACUUAGCUGAGAAGCGUGAGCAUGAAAAGGAAGUGCUACAGAAAGCUAUGGAGGAGAACAACAACUUCAGCAAGAUGGCAGAGGAGAAGCUCAAUCAGAAGAUGGAGGCCAACAAAGAGAACCGCACAGCAAUUAUGGCAGCGAUGAAUGAGAAAUUCAAGGAGAAGGACAAGAAGUUGGAGGAGGUGCGGAAGAACAAAGAAACCAAAGAUCCCACCUCAGAAGAAGGCACUUCGGAAGACUGAAAGUUACAAACGGGGGAUUGUAUAGGGUUUUUUACGUAUCCAAAGAUUGAUUUAUUUUUUGUUCGGCCAGUAUUUUUGUUGUUCACUACCCACCUUUUUGAAAUAAGACAUACGAGUUCCACUUUGUGAAUUUUUUCAAUGCUCCUGCUAUAAGUGUACUUGCGCUGGUUUUACAUGUGGAUCAUUUUCUCCCUUUGAGUCUAAACCAUUUGAUAUGUAGCUUGUCAGUGCAGCUUCUGCCCUUUUUGAAAAUUAGCAGUGUGUACUUAUCCUUUUUGAGGAAGCAUGUUUCUAUGCAUAGGUCUUUUAUCCCUGCCUAUUUCAUAGUGCGUUUUGAAAAUGUCCCUGUGAACCACACCUGUUCUCGGCACUUACUGUAUUAAAAAAAGGAAAAAAAAAAAAAAGUAGCACAAG